GCCACCAUAUCUCACCCCGAAAAAGCUGUAAGUCCACUCUAUAUCAGAAUAGAUUGUGGGUCUACCCAAUCCGACCGCAGAUGGCGUGCCCUUCGCUCUUGCAAUCCGCCACCUCAUCCUUUCUCGGCCGGACCCAAUUCGCUACGCCUCCGCUCUGCGCGCGGGUUCCAUAUGUAAACUCUAGAAAUGGUUGCGGCGGGUUCACUGUGAGGGCUUCGACUGGGAUUGUCCUGCUGGAAAAAUCUGAGGCAGAGAAAACCAAUCGCCUCAAAACCACCUAUCUCGAAAAGAUUACGCCUUUGCUCAAAGACGAGUUCUCCUACACCAAUAUUCACCAGGUUCCCAAGAUUGAGAAAAUUGUGGUUAACUGUGGUAUCGGAGAGGCUGCACAGAAUGCCAAGGGAUUGGAUGCAGCUAUGAAUGAAUUGGCUCUCAUCACAGGGCAGAGACCUAUAAAGACACGAGCAAGGAAUUCCAUUGCUACUUUCAAGAUCAGAGAAGGUCAACCGCUUGGGAUCGCUGUCACUCUUAGAGGGGAUGUGAUGUAUUCAUUCCUAGACCGGCUUAUUAACUUGGGCCUUCCAAGGACAAGGGAUUUCCAAGGUGUAAACCCAAACAGCUUUGACGGACAUGGGAAUUACAGUAUUGGCAUUCGCGAACAGAGCGUGUUCCCAGAGAUCCGGUUCGAUGCACUUGGUACGCCUAGGGGAAUGGAUGUUUGCAUUACAACUACAGCUAAUACUGAUCAAGAAGCUCAGAGGUUACUGGCUCUCAUGGGGAUGCCAUUUAGAGAGGGCGGAGGAGUUGCAGGUGCACAACGCAAGAGGAAGCUGAAAAGACACCAUUUUGAUGCAAAGGGGAAGUCAAAAAGAUAAGGGUUAUCGUUCGGAGUGGGACAGAGAUUUCUGCUCCUGUCUUGUGAUGAUGUUUUCGUUUUGUUGUUGUGCCGCUCAUGUUUAUUUUCAGAUGCACUUCCUAUCAUUUCUAUGUAUUUUGCUUCCCCAUUUGUAGUUUAAUGUUGUGAACAGUGCUUCAUUUCAUAGGCAGCAAGGCCCUUAGCCUUAAGCUUAUAAAUUGAACCUUUUUUUUGGUA